GCGCCACAGAGGUCCUUCCUCUGGGCCAUGGACAGAGUGAACAACCUGGAGGGGAAGGAACAGAUGCGAGAGAUGCAGAACAGUUGAGCAAGAACAAGGUAACACAUAUCCUGUCUGUCCACGAUAGUGCCCGGCCUUUGUUGGAGGGAGUUAAAUACCUGUGCAUUCCAGCAGCAGAUUCACCAUCUCAAAACCUGGCGAGACAUUUCAAGGAAAGUAUUAAAUUCAUUCACGAGUGCCGGCUCCGUGGCGAGGGCUGUCUUGUCCACUGCCUGGCUGGUGUCUCCAGGAGUGUGACACUAGUGAUCGCGUACAUCAUGACAGUCACCGACUUUGGCUGGGAGGAUGCCCUAAACACCGUGCGUGCAGGCAGAUCCUGUGCCAACCCCAACCUGGGCUUCCAGAGGCAGCUCCAGGAGUUUGAGAAGCAUGAAGUCCACCAGUAUCGACAAUGGCUGAAGGAAGAAUAUGGAGAGAGCCCUUUACGGGAUGCAGAAGAUGCCAAGAACAUUCUGGGUAAAUAUAAAGAGCAAGGGCGUGCGGAGCCCCAGCCUGGUGCGAGGCGGUGGAGCAGCUUUCCGGCCCUGCCUCCUCUGGCCUACAAUACCUAUACGACGGAGACCUAAUGCAGCGGGAUCUGGUGCCUUCCCUCCCGCCACCUGUCUUCAGCAUGCUCCAGCCACGGUGGGGGACUGCAGGCUGCUGCUGCCCUCCAGGACUGGAAAGGGAGGAGGAACACCCUGGGCUCCUUGCCAGCAACUCCGAGGAUUCAGAAGCACUGGGUCUUUCUCAGAAGACUGUAAUGUACCUGAAGUUUCUGAAAUAUUGCAAAGCCACAGGGUUUAGGCUGGUGCUGCCAAAAAGAAAAGCUACCUAGAGUUUAUUUUUUAAGUAUCCAACAGUGAUGUGUAAACUUGUUUAUUUUUCGUUUUAAACCAAGUACAUGUGUAAUUAUGUCAUAACAUGUUGAGAACUAAGGAUGUUCUUUAGCAAGAGAAAAUAAUUUUACCUUAACUCCACUGUCGUGGCUCUGUCUUUAUGCCUGCUUGGAUGCCUGUAAAACAGUCUUAAGAGCCCCUUGCACUAUUCCGGUUACUCUUUAGCAAUCGGGAUUGCUUCUCAUGAACAGCUUUACUUGGGGAGGGACCCAGUGCCCAGGGAUUGUGCCACACAAACUCUGCCCACAUGUUCUUAAGUGCCCUCACUGGGGAAGUUUCUCCUGGUGCGUGUUUUAUCCAUGGUUUGUGUUCUCCGUGGUGGAAUUUACCAAAAGCCACACAUUUUCGUUAAUAAAGGGCAGCUUGGCUGAGCAUAA